CGGAUAGAAAACACAAGACAAGACGCUGGGUCUGGGUUCAGUCUCAGUCUAACCUCAAACAGCAGUAACGUUAGUUAAACGUUCAAAGGUUGAAAGGAGAUUUAUCGUAUAGUUCGUGGUUUUAAUUUGCAAUUCGUUCAAAACAGAUAUUAGAAGAUACGUUCUUCGAGGGAUCAUAAACGCCGAUAUAUAUCAUUGUUCGUACUUAAUUCGAAAUUGCCCCUCAGUGAAGCGAUUUUCGCCGAGAGGUCUUGAUAUUUGCUCUGCACAGAAAUACAAUUCAUCAGAAUGACGGAAGAAGUGAACCCGAAGGCUUACCCUCUUGCUGAUCCAACUCUUACGUCUAAAAUAUUAAAUUUGAUCCAACAAGCAUUGAAUUACCAACAACUGAGGAAAGGCGCUAAUGAAGCCACAAAGACACUGAAUAGAGGACAAGCUGAAUUCAUUGUGAUGGCAGCAGACGCAGUUCCCUUGGAGAUUCUUCUGCACUUGCCUUUGUUGUGUGAGGACAAGAACGUGCCUUACGUCUUUGUCAGAUCCAAGCAAGCACUUGGUCGAGCUUGCGGUUGUGUGUCUAGGCCGGUUGUGUCAUGCUCAGUUACAAUGAACGAGGGCUCCCAACUCAAGCCUCAGAUUGAAUCUAUCAAACAUGAGAUAGAAAGACUUCUUGUGUAAAUACUAAAUAGACGUUCCAUUUAAGUAUAAUUUUUAAUAAACAUAAGUUUUUAAACUA